UCUGUUCUCACUGGGGAGAGGGACUCCAUAUUACUGUGAAGACUGUGGCAGGAGUCCUCAGCUCAGACAAUCUGCAGUCCCCUCCCCCCAUUCGUAUUAUACUUUGAAGAUCUAGAAAACAGUUGUUGAAACUAAAUAUAUAUCUAUGCAAAUUCUUUUCUCUCAAUAUGCCUGAAUAAAUUUAGUUGUGAGGAAGUUAAAAGAAUGCCUGAAAAAGUCUUUCUUUUUUAGCCAAUGUCUUUCCAUAUCAUUUGCAUUUCCCAUGUGGAUGCACCAAAGACUGCUAUCCUUGUGUGAGAAGGUCUUAAAACUUAAGUACCUGAACUGUGGUCAUUGUGGUAGGUAAUGUUUUAAGAGGCAGCUGUAUUCACAGGUAUUUGUGAAGACCAACUUCAGGAGGGCACUCCAUUUGGAUCAGCUGAGGACCAGACCAUGUAGAGUACAGAGUUUAGUCAUAUCCAGAAAGAGCACAGAGUUUAGCCAUGGCUCCCAGGAAGAGAAGUGGACGGGGGAUUUCAUUCAUCUUUUGCUGUUUCCGAAAUAAUGACCACCCAGAAAUCACAUAUCGACUGCGAAAUGAUAGCAGUUUUGCGCUUCAGACCAUGGAGCCAGCAUUGCCCAUGCCCCCUGUGGAGGAGCUGGAUGUCAUGUUCAGCGAACUUGUGGAUGAACUUGACCUCACAGACAAACACAGGGAAGCCAUGUUUGCACUUCCAGCUGAGAAAAAGUGGCAAAUAUACUGUAGCAAGAAAAAGGACCAGGAAGAAAACAAGGGAGCUACAAGUUGGCCUGAAUUCUACAUUGAUCAGCUCAAUUCCAUGGCUGCUAGAAAAUCCCUGCUGGCUUUAGAGAAGGAAGAAGAAGAAGAGAGAAGUAAAACUAUAGAAAGUUUAAAGACAGCACUAAGGACAAAACCAAUGAGGUUUGUAACCAGAUUCAUCGACUUGGAUGGCUUGUCAUGUAUUCUCAACUUUCUAAAGACCAUGGACUAUGAGACCUCUGAGUCUCGAAUACAUACCUCUCUUAUUGGAUGUAUAAAGGCGCUAAUGAACAACUCUCAAGGUCGGGCUCACGUCCUGGCUCACUCUGAGAGUAUUAAUGUAAUUGCUCAGAGUCUGAGCACAGAGAACAUUAAGACAAAGGUGGCCGUGCUGGAAAUCUUGGGCGCCGUGUGCCUGGUUCCUGGGGGCCACAAGAAGGUUCUACAGGCCAUGCUGCACUACCAGAAGUAUGCCAGCGAAAGGACCCGCUUUCAGACCUUAAUUAAUGACUUGGAUAAAAGCACCGGGCGGUAUCGGGAUGAAGUGAGUCUCAAGACUGCCAUCAUGUCCUUCAUUAACGCAGUGCUAAGCCAAGGCGCAGGAGUGGAGAGUUUGGACUUUAGACUUCAUCUUCGCUAUGAAUUUCUGAUGUUAGGAAUUCAACCUGUAAUAGAUAAAUUAAGGGAACAUGAAAAUUCAACAUUAGAUAGGCAUUUAGACUUUUUCGAAAUGCUCCGAAAUGAAGAUGAACUAGAAUUUGCCAAAAGAUUUGAACUAGUUCACAUAGACACAAAAAGUGCAACUCAGAUGUUUGAGCUGACCAGGAAGAGGCUGACUCACAGUGAAGCUUACCCUCACUUCAUGUCCAUCCUUCACCACUGCCUCCAGAUGCCUUACAAGAGGAGUGGUAACACUGUUCAGUACUGGCUACUGCUGGACAGAAUCAUACAGCAGAUAGUAAUCCAAAAUGACAAAGGACAGGACCCCGACUCCACACCUCUGGAAAACUUUAAUAUUAAGAAUGUCGUACGAAUGUUGGUUAAUGAAAAUGAAGUUAAGCAGUGGAAAGAACAAGCAGAAAAAAUGAGAAAAGAGCACAAUGAGCUGCAACAGAAACUGGAAAAGAAAGAGAGAGAAUGUGAUGCUAAGACCCAAGAGAAGGAAGAAAUGAUGCAGACCUUAAAUAAAAUGAAAGAGAAACUUGAAAAGGAGACUACUGAGCAUAAGCAAGUCAAGCAGCAGGUGGCGGACCUCACAGCACAGCUCCAUGAGCUCAGCAGGAGGGCCAUCUGUGCUUCAGUCCCAGGAGGACCCUCGCCUGGAGCACCAGGGGGGCCCUUUCCUUCCUCAGUGCCUGGGUCCCUCCUUCCUCCCCCACCACCCCCACCCCUGCCAGGAGUGCUACCUCCUCCACCACCUCCCCUUCCCCCAGGAGGCCCUCCCCCUCCCCCAGGGCCACCUCCUUUAGGGGGAGUCUUGCCACCUCCCGGUGCGCCAAUGGGACUGGCACUCAAGAAGAAAAACAUUCCUCAGCCCACAAAUGCCCUGAAGUCCUUCAACUGGUUGAAGCUGCCUGAGAACAAACUGGAAGGAACGGUAUGGACCGAAAUUGAUGACACAAAAGUCUUCAAAAUUCUAGAUCUCGAAGACCUGGAAAGAACUUUCUCUGCCUACCAAAGACAGCAGGAUUUCUUUGUGAACAGUAACUCCAAGCAGAAAGAAACAGAUGCCACCGAUGACACACUGAGUUCCAAAAUGAAAGUCAAAGAGCUUUCAGUGAUUGAUGGUCGGAGGGCUCAGAAUUGCAACAUCCUGCUGUCAAGGUUGAAAUUAUCCAAUGAUGAAAUCAAACGGGCAAUUCUAACAAUGGAUGAACAAGAAGAUCUGCCCAAGGACAUGUUGGAACAGCUUUUGAAAUUUGUUCCUGAAAAAAGUGAUAUUGACCUGUUGGAGGAACAUAAGCAUGAAUUGGAUCGGAUGGCCAAGGCUGAUCGAUUUCUGUUUGAGAUGAGCCGAAUCAAUCAUUACCAGCAAAGACUGCAAUCGCUGUACUUCAAAAAGAAGUUUGCAGAGCGCGUGGCAGAAGUGAAACCCAAAGUAGAAGCAAUUCGUUCUGGCUCAGAAGAAGUAUUCAGGAGUGGCGCCCUCAAGCAGUUGCUAGAGGUGGUUUUGGCAUUUGGAAAUUACAUGAAUAAAGGCCAAAGAGGCAAUGCCUAUGGAUUCAAGAUUUCCAGCCUCAACAAGAUUGCUGACACAAAAUCCAGUAUUGACAAGAACAUUACCCUUUUGCACUAUCUAAUAACUAUUGUGGAAAAUAAAUACCCCAAGGUUCUCAAUCUAAAUGAAGAAUUGCGGGAUAUUCCUCAAGCGGCAAAAGUAAACAUGACUGAGCUGGACAAGGAAAUAAGUACCUUGAGAAGUGGCUUGAAAGCAGUGGAGACAGAACUGGAAUAUCAGAAGUCUCAGCCCUCACAGCCUGGAGAUAAGUUUGUUUCCGUUGUCAGCCAGUUCAUCACCUUAGCCAGCUUCAGCUUCUCCGAUGUUGAAGAUCUUCUAGCAGAAGCUAAAGACCUGUUCACCAAAGCAGUGAAGCACUUCGGGGAAGAGGCUGGCAAAAUACAGCCGGAUGAGUUCUUCGGCAUUUUUGAUCAGUUCCUUCAAGCUGUGUCAGAAGCGAAGCAAGAGAAUGAGAACAUGAGAAAAAGGAAGGAGGAGGAAGAGCGGCGAGCUCGAAUGGAGGCACAGCUCAAAGAACAAAGGGAAAGGGAGCGGAAAAUAAGAAAAGCUAAAGAGAAUAUCGAGGAAAGCGGAGAGUUUGAUGACCUCGUUUCAGCUUUACGCUCAGGAGAAGUGUUUGACAAAGACCUUUCUAAACUGAAACGGAAUCGCAAACGCAUUUCCAACCAGGUGACAGACAGCAGCCGAGAGAGACCGGUCACAAAACUUAAUUUUUAAUUUUCCUCAAGUACUUUCUUUUCUAAAAAGCUCAGUAGCAGCCCUUUGAAGUGACUAGACCGUUCCAUUACACUGCCUUGCAAUCCAAACAGUGGCAAUUUCCUCCUUCAUCUGUGAGUGUGUGUGAAUGUGUGUGUAUGUAAAUGUAUGUGUAUAUGUAAAAAUGUAUAUAGAAGUCUGAGUGUCGUCUGGAGACCUCUAUGUAUGGAUAAAAAUUUUCGGUUAACGUUCGUGCUCAGAAACCCUUUGCAUAUGCAUUCAUAUUGAGUGUGGCUCAUUUUCUUUCCCUGAACACCGUAACUGUUCAGAAGCACAAAACUAUCUCCUAAAAGAGAUGACAGACAUUCCCUAGCAUAAAAAAAGAAAAAAGAAAAAAAAAAAAAAAGCUUGUGAAAUAUUUUACAGUUUCCAAGCUUGCUAUACUUUAAAAUUAUUUUCAUUGGUGAAAAUGGAGUUGGAAGAAUAUGGAUUUAAAAUGGUUUUUUGAUAGUUGACAAUGUGGUGUUCCAGUAUCACAUCAGUAAUUGAUGGGAUCAGCUUAAAAUUCCUGAUGUUGAUUUGGGGAUACAGUCUGUAAAUGUUUUUCAAGAACAUCUUGCACACAAUUUGUAUUAUGUAGAAUGUCAAUCAAAAUUCUUUUGUAUAUUUAAAGCUUAAACAUCAGUUUCUCCCCCUUCCCCCCAAUUUCAUCAAGUUUUCUGCCAAGUGCUCUUGAUGAUUUCUUUAAAUUGCUUUUGGGUAAAAAAAACAAAAAUCAAACAGUAUCUAAAUGCAACCCAUGCCCUUGUUAAUGAACAAGAUUGCCAGAAUGUACCUGUUGUUCUAACAAUAUAGAUAUAUAAAUCUUAGAAAUUUCCACCCAAGACUUAAAGGAAGAAUUCUCUGAAAGGAUAAAGAUUAUUUUUAAAAAUUUUUUAAUGGGGUGCCUUUUUUUUUUUUUUUUGUCUUUUCUAUUUCUGUUUUGUAGGACAACCUACAUCUUCUGUAAAUAUAGGUCUGGACUAAAGGACACUUAGAGUGUCACAAAAUAUCAACAUCAGUAGAGAUGCCCAGAUCUAUUUAUCUCUGAGUAUAUUUAAAGUGGUUUGCUGUUAUAUGUUGUCAUUUUAAAUUGUGUGUCAGUAAAGCUACCUGUAAAAUUUCAGUCCAAAAAAAUAAAGCUCUCAGGGAGAAAUGAAUAAAAACAAUGAACAUUAGAAAAUAAAAUAUAGAUGCUUACCAUUAACCUACCAACUUUCAAUAUCCUUAAAUUAUAUGAUAUAUAAAGAGGACUGUUACUUUUUUUUUUUUUUUUUUUUGCUUUAUUUAUUUGUAGUGGGGUGGGAGGUGGGGUGGGGCUGACAUUUUCUCUUUUCUUUCCAUCUAUCCUGUCGUGGUUGGGUUUCCUGUGGAGAGAGUAGUUUUUCCUGUUGCACUAGAACAUUAUUUACUCACAAAAUUGAGUUCUUCAGUCAACUAACAAAUAUUUAUUAAGUAUCUACUAUGUACCAGGCAUAGUAGAUCUACAGUGAUGAGCAAGACAGAGUCCCUGCCCACAAGGAGCUUACGUUCUAAUCAGAAUAUUCAGGGAUGAAUAAAAAAAUCAAUGUGCGUGCUGUACAGAACUCAUACUAUUUAAAAAUGAUUUGUCUAAACUACAAUGCUUAGUGCAGAUGGCGAAGUAUCUGUGCUGUACGAAAGCUGUGAAAUAAUGCUCUAAGAGUUGUCAAGAGCUGUGGUUUUACAUUUUUUCCUCAUUGCAAACUUAGCGACUUUCCACCCAUUCGAUGGAAGGAAAUGACUCUUGCAAAUGACAGUUAUAAAUACAAAGCAGAGGUUACACUCCCCCAGCUCCUAGUUAACCAAGGUCUGCAACUACACCAUGUUAAAGGUGCAAUUGGAGACUAGGCUCAAACAGGCUUGGAGAGGAGGGGGAGUGGAAUAGGAUGAUGGUUUUCUCUGUUCCUUAACUAAAGUGCCUCUAUGUACAUUUUUUUUCUAUUUAUAGUAGGAGAAAUUUGGUCUGGCUCAAUUUUGGAACUGUACUUUGAAAAUGGCUUUGUCUUACAGUUUAAGGAAUGAACUAGUGGAAGGAGAGUCACAAAAGGAGCAAGUUUGUGUAGCAUGUCCUUCUUGCCCUUGGUAAUCAUCCUCAUUUUGUCAUGGCCAUCCUGGUAGGCCUCCUUUGCCAUUUCCAUUUUUUGGUUUCUUUCCCUGAAAACUGUGUGCAGGUAAUUCCAUGUGCCAUUGUUGAAAACAAAACAAACAAACAAACAAAAAAAAAAAACUACUUUUUAGAUUGGUGCUGGUGUAAAGUAGCCACUUUUCUCUCUUGGGUGUGUAUUUUAAAGUUUUUGUUUGUUUUUUUUAAAUUAAUGCCAAAAAGAAAAAGCAUUAUAAUUUGUAAACUUAAUUAUAUGUCUUGUAUCUUAUUAGCUUAGUAGUUGGAACCACUUAGUCUCUAGGUGCAAGACUGUUGUUACAGUACCAAGAAAAAAAAUGUCGUAUGUGUUAUGAGACUGUACAUUUUUUUAAAUAGCAAUAUGCAAUAAAGAUGACUUCAUUGGGUGUA